CCCCGGCCUGCGGCGGGAAGGGCGGGGGGCUGCCGGCCCCAUGGAGCCCGUCAUCUUCGCGUGGGGUGCAAACAGCUAUGGACAACUUGGUCUUGGUCAUAACGAGGAUGUGCUGGUACCUCAGUCACUGAAAGAUGUUUCCUGCAAAUGUCAAGACAUCAAAAGCAUUACUGGAGGAGGAGGACAUUCUGCAGUUAUCACUGGUGCAGGAGAACUCUUUGUAUGUGGCCAUAACAAAGAUGGGCAGUUGGGACUGAAUCACACAGAGAAUGUACUGAAUUUUACUUUGUGCACUGCCCUGUCUGGCUUUUGUGUAAAAGAAGUUGCCUGUGGCUGGGAUUUUACAAUCAUAUUAUUAGAAUCUGGCCUAGUUCUGUCCUGUGGGUCUAACUCUUUUGGACAACUAGGAGUUCCUCAAAUAUCAAAUCCAUGCUUGAUUCCACAAAAGAUUGAGUCUCUCAAAGAGAAGGUGGUGCAUGUUGCUGCUGGACUGAGACAUGCCCUUGCUGCUACAGAGAACGGUUUGGUGUUUCAGUGGGGAACUGGCAUGGCAUCUCAGGCAAAGCGUGCAAACCAAGGAAAAACUCUCCCUCUGUUCUUGACAGCAAAGGAGCCCUGUGAAGUAACAGGCCUGGAAGAUGUGAAAGUGAAGAGUGUUGCUGCAAGCUCCUAUCAUUCAGUGUCACUCACAGAUGAAGGACACCUGUAUGUCUGGGGCAGCAACAAACACAGGCAGCUAGUGAGUAAAGAGAUCUUUCUUCUUGAGCCCAAGAAGAUUGAGACUCAGUAUUUCUCACAUGACAAGAUUGGAGCAGUUUGGAGUGGCUGGACCCACUUGGUGGCACAAACAGAAACUGGCAAGGUAUUCACCUGGGGCAGAGCGGACUAUGGACAACUCGGAAGGCGCACAAGGGAUCCUAAUGGGCAAGAAGCAUGCACGGUGUCUGAACAAUGCUUGGAGCUGUUGCCUAACAUCCCUGUUUCAGUGCCUUGCCUAAAUGGAGCAUCUCAGAUUGCAUGUGGCUCAGAGCAUAAUCUGGCAGUAGUUGGUGGCCAGUGCUUCUCUUGGGGAUGGAACGAGCAUGGGAUGUGUGGUGAUGGCACAGAAGCAAAUGUUCACGUCCCAAAGCCAAUCAAAGCUCUUGGUUACACAAAACAGAUCUUAAUUGGAUGUGGUGCAGGACACUCCAUGGCUCUUUCAAACUCCACAUUAGACUCAGCACUUCUGAAAUUAUAGUGUCAUGGAUGUGGAUGGACAACUUGGGACUGUGUAGCUUAGAAGUGCUACAGGAGGAUUGUCCAUGAUUAGCACGAUGCUUGGAAAGUGCAAAAGAAGUUUUUUCUAAGACUAAAAGGAAUGAGUAUGCAUAGAAAACUAGAAUAUUUAAAAAAUUGUUUCAUGGGUCCUUUUCACAGGAACUGACUUUCAUAUCCACAGAUAGAAUGACAGACAUUUUGCCUUGAUGCAAUACUAUGGAACAAACAAUGACUUGUUCUUCUGAGAAGCCUUUGAGGAAGAAGCCAACUACUUAAUCACUUAGCAUUAGUGUAUAAAUUCAGUCUAAGAAAAUUAUCUGAGAAGAUGGAGACACAUGGCCCCUUCUGGUCUAUUAUUGUAUCUUUAUGUCAUGAUGAGUAUAUGUUGCACCUGCCAACUUCUGCUGGAGUUGUGAGCUCCCAGCAACUGAGAAAAUCCAAAUCACAUCACAGAAAAAUGCCAGUGAACAUAAAUAGAUGCAUACACACAUUUUAAACAGAAGAUCAGGAUUAAAAAAAAAAAAAAAAAAGAAAAACAGAAAAAAAAAAGAUGUCAUUUAGAAGACUGGCAAAAGGGGAAAACAAGGCCCUUCUGAGCUAGCUAUAUACCCAAAGCUGAAGCUACUGCUUUGCGAAGAAAAACUCCUAAGACCUCUUGGAAACAACAGGAAAGUUCUUGUCCAAGGGCGUAAGUCAGUCGUAGCAGUUGAGGACAGUUGGAUAUGAUACAGCUCCUAUGUUUCCAGCUGCCUUUGAAUUAAAAUCUAACCAGGAAGUUUUUACAAGUUCUCAAGUGUAAAGGGCAGACCAGAAUGCUCCUGAUAAUUUCAGGUUAGUUCUUGCAUCUGCUUUGCAGCCCAGCUGAGUUACUGUUCAGAGCAUGCCCACAGUACUUGUUCCAGGUGAGUGCUUGGCAGAGAACAUAGCCCUAACAUUUGUUUUGGUAGGAGAAAUGAAAGUGUCUGAAUUAUCUUCAGAUAAUAUUAGCUGCCUAUAUUGAGUAGAAUUUUCAGAGGUAUUUAUAAAACUGUUUUUCACACAAAUACAGUGGAUGACAUUAAACUGGAUGUUUACCACCCACGAUAGUUACAUUUGCUGUGGUAUUUAAAGUUUUAAAUAUAGAGAAUACUACUGUGUGCUAAAUGCACCUUUUAAUGAGACCUACUGUUCCUAAACAGUGGUUUAAUUUUUAAAGCAGGUUUACCAGGCGAGAAGCCUUACUGAAUUACAAAAUACUCAGAGAAGGGCUCUUAGGAAAUACAACAGGAAAACUUUCUAAUGAUCUGUCAGCUUGUAUAUGAGGGAGAAGGAAUUAAGAUUGUAAUAUGGGCUGUGAGGGGUUUUCCUCCUUGGUUUUACAGCAGUUAUAGUCCAUGGCCUAAUUUUCAAAGGCAUUUUAUUUUUCUAGUCAGUGGAUGAGAAACCUUAACUGAAUAUGAAGCUGAUAAAGCAACUGUAUUACAGAUACUGAAAGAAUCUGUAAGAAAAAUCAAAUGGAUCUUCUGCCAAAAGUAGAGAAUUGAGACUUCUAUUUUAAAGUGUUUUUCAAAUUUGUGUGUUGGUUGUGGUUCUUCGUGGCAAUAUACUGUUCAGGCUGUGACCUCUUGUAUUUUUUACUUAUCUAAGUUGCUGUUCAUCGACUCUCCUCAAUGCCAUUUUCUAGAUACCACAGCCUUUCUAUUAUAUGUACUGAACAGUUUGUCAUACAGUUUUUGACUGUUCUGUCUGAGGUUUCUACCUUUGUUUUCCUCCAAAAUCUGUGUACAAAUAAAUGUGUUAUCUUGUUUCAGUAA